AUGUCUCGGCAACUCCCUACGAUCUUGUUCACGCCCGGCGCUUGGCACCGGCCAUGGGCCUUCGACCUGGUGCGUAGUGAUCUGUCCAGCCGCGGCUACCCAACCGCUGCCGUGACUCUGGCCGGCGUCGGGAGUACGGAUGCCGACUUGGGCCUCGACCAGGACACUGCCGCCGUCCGCGCCCAGGUGCAGACGCUCGUCGAUGAGGGACGCGAUGUCAUCGUGGUCGCUCACUCCUAUGGCGGUAUCCCCGUCGCGAACGCUGUUAAGGGCCUCAACUACAAGGACCUCGUCGCCCAGAACAAGCCCGGCGGCGUCAUCAUGGUUAUUUACAUGACCUCCUUUGCCCUUUCCGCUGGCACGAGUUUGUACAACGGUGGAGACAAGCCCGCAUGGUGGAACGUCACGGACGGCUUUAUCUCGCCAGAAACCCCGCUGUCUGUUUUCUACGCCGACGUUGAGCCCGCGCUUGCCGCCAAGGCGGUGGCCGCUCUGCUCCCCCAGCCUUUCAAGACGAUGACAGACAAGUCCGGCUACGAGCCUUGGAACAACGGGUUCGAGAUGGGUUACAUCUUUGCGGAGAACGAUCAAGCCAUCUCCAUCGAAAUGCAGAAAAGCAUGGCAUCUGCGUUCCCCGCCUCCUCCUUCACGGCGACUCUGAAAGCCAGCCACUCGCCAUUCCUCAGCAUGCCCAAGGCCCUUGGCGACGUUCUGCAGCAGGCAGCGGAGGAUGCCGUGACCAAGAGGGCAGCCGCCUAA